GCUGAAACUGAGCUUGGGAAAUCUCUCCUCGCUACAGGGACUGGAACAAAUCGUGAUAAGUUGAUUAUGGAGGCCACAACAAAUAGAAUCAAAAACUUACUUGUCAAGGUUAGAUCCCUUCGGAUGAGUGGCUCUUGCGCAUUAAACCUCUGUGGAAUUGCAUGUGGAAGGCUCGAUCUCUUCUAUAGUCUCAGAUAUGGGGGACUAUGGGAUGUAGCAGCUAGUAUUGUGAUUGUUAUAGAAGCUGGAGGCCUUGUGUAUGAGCCAUCUGGAAAAGAUUUCGACAUCACAUCUACAAGUACAAGAAUUGCAGCUUCAAACCCUUGCCUGAGGGACGCAUUUGUCAAGGCAUUGGAGCUAUCAGAAUAAGGAAGUACCUAUAGUUUAUGAAUAUCAGCAAAUUUGUCUAUUAUUUUCUCAUAUCUAUAGUUCUUCUUAGGAACAUUAUAUGAUGCUUUCUUUGUUACAUUAUGGACUAAAUUAGUACCUAUUUUAAUAGGCAUUUGGCCUUGAGUUGUCCCAUUGUUAAGGUCUUAUAAAGAGUGCAUAAAUCU